UUCCAAUCUCUUUAUUGAUUAUUUUCGACAAUGUUCAUUCAGGUCUGGAUCUUGCAGUUUUGCACAAAGGUACCUCAUGAUUGUCAUCUAGGGACGAGCAAAAGCGGUGCACGGUUUGCAAAUAAAUCAUGAUGAGCUUUGAUUGCAAUCCAGGCUAAAACCCUACAAAUUUUUAUUCAAGCCCCCGGCAUUCCCUCUUCCCUUUGCUUAUCCCUCUGGCAGCGCUGAGCGCGUGAAGCUUCAUUUUCCUGCCUUUCUUCUUUUCUUAGGCUGUUGGUGCUGGUCCACCAAUGUUUUAUGUUCACUCGGAUGCUACCUUGAGGGCCUUUGAGAGCCAUCCUGAUUUCAAUACCGUUUCCGCUUUUUUCCUCGGAUGUGUAUUCGCGGUAGCCUUCCAGUGCAUCAUUUUUGCAACUUUAACGCAAAGAUGCGCCCGACUCGUCACACGACGUCGCACUCUCAACUCUGUUAAUGAUGUUGAGGGAAUCAGUGAUAGGUGUAAGCCCACAAAUGGAGGCAUCCGUGAGCGCGAAAAUACCCUUCACAUCCUCCUCUUCGCCAUGUUUCUAGCUUUCAGUUUGGGUAGUAUUUCCGACUUAGUUUCACUGACGUCUGGGAGACUAGAGGCGCUCUGCGCUUUUACGGUUUCUUGGGGUCUCAUGGCCACGAAAUUUGCACGAUUGCUUGGAUUAAUAAUGCUUUUAAUGACUACCUAUCGACUACAUAUCCUUCCGCGGUGGGAGUUAAUCACCGUCAUAUUCUGGUUUUUGUCUAUAUUCGUCCUUAUACUUGUUGACGGUGCUUUGAACACUGGCACAGUGAAGGUGGCUGAGUAUCUGGGGAUGUCCUUCUGCGUACGGAGACGCGUCCUACCUGCAUCUUUGGCCCCCUCAAUAUUGUAUAUCGUUCUGGAACUAUACUUCAUCACUCGAUUGGCAAUGGUUCUACUCUCACGUUUGUCCCACCAGAGGGGACCACCGGUAAUAGUCCUAUUACGGGAUACUCACCUGCAAAGGGCUUGUUCCCUACUCUUUUUCGAGCUUUUGGUGGUCGUUCCUUCAGCUGGCCCUGUGAACAAGAUCGGAUUUUUUGUACCCACCACGCUUGGAUCUCUCGUAGUUCUUGCUGUGUUCAGUUCUAAGACUCGAACUGCAGAGAUGGAGAAAGUGACUCCCGACAGGAGGUCCUUCACCUUUUCAGAGAAGUUACCUGCAUCUCCGAUCCGGAUCACAGCAUCCCAAUUUCCGCCUACUAUAGAGACUUCUUCAGCCAUUUCACACCGUUAUUCCUCAGCCUCUCUUAGUAAUCCUGCACUAUCGCGAGCUGAGGAUUUCGCGCCGCCAACGUCGAAGAGCAGCACGACAUUCAAGCCCUCUCGUGCAUCUAGCUUUCGUAGCCAGCGGACAGCUCAACUAGCACACCCUUCUCCCUCCCUCUAUCCCUUUCGUAUUCCUCUUCCGGCCGAUAUGCCCAAUGCAGUUCCGCGACAGCUCAGUGUUAAGGGUCGUAUUUCCCGGAAAGGUCGCCCAAAGCUUAGUGUUGUCACCCAUUUCCCAGCCUACAAUCCCAACAACGCCAACCCAACCCGAGGCAUUACAUAUAAUGGGACCGAAGGCUUCAAUGAUGGCGGGUUAGCAGUCGAAAUGGGGUACGAGUUUUACUCGAAUGCCCCUCAUACAGCUCCACUUCGUGGUCGUUUCUCUCCGCCUUCAUCGUCGGACUUGAAAUAUCCGAGGGCUCCAUAUAUUGUUAUCCCCCAGGCCGAAUCAGCGGUGCCCGCCUUACCCGAAGACCCGCCUCCCAUUGCCACCUUCGCUGGCAGUCAAACCCGAACGAUUCCGCACAAUUCGGGUUUCAGGCCAAAGGGUCCACGCUCUCGGUCUGGUAACCCUCUGAUGUCUAACAGCUGAAUUCCGUUCUUACCCAUACUGUCACUCCCAGUACCCAAGUGUACUCCAACUUGAGCUUCGAAUACUUGGAUGAUGAGUAGAUGACUCGAGUCCUUAGCAUAUGUAGCAUCCUUGUAGUGUAAAGAUAUUGAACUUUUUAAUGCUGAAAUUUCAAUCGGUCGCCUCGGGCC